AUGGGGGCAAGAUCCAAUACUCCGGGGGUAGCGAAAAUAUGGGAUUCCUCAGUAGAUGGGUAUUGUACCAAUGCCGUGGCAGUUUAUUAUGCAAUUGCCGGAUCCAGUCUUGCAUUGGACGUACUUAUAAUUAUCCUCCCUAUUCCGGUCCUGAUUAAGUUGAGACUGAAUACCAAACAAAAGUUCGUGAUUGUUGGAAUGUUCGCUACUGGUUUCUUCGUCACCGUCAUUCAAAUCAUCAGGAUAUUCACCAUCAAAAACCUCAAAUCAUAUACCAACAGUGGGUCUAUCAUUACUUGGUCAAAAAUCGAAAUAAGCUUGGGAAUCAUCGUUCCUUGCGUUCCGACGUUUUCCCCUCUUAUACGCUCGUUUUCCAACAGUUCCGGAUCCGGAUCCCUCAGUAAUCCACCAACAACACUAGAGCAGUCUUCUCGGGAUACGGCCGUACGCAAUACAAGAGGGACCAAUAAGUCGUAUACCACUCGUGGCGCCGACAUAACAUACGGUAUGGGUCGUAUGAAGUCAUCGAACGCAUUCACAACAAUCGGUCAUCAUGACCGCGACGAUGCAUCAUCCAAAGAAGCGAUUAUUCUACAAGGCGCAGCCCUGCGGCAAUAUGACGAGGAGAGUUUGGAAGAUAACUUGCAAAUCCGGACAACGACGACAGUGAAAAUUUAA